AUGACUUCACCCGAAAAUCGAAAUCUUUACAACACAAGAUUACAAGAAAGACUUCAUUCAAAUUCAAACUCCACUAUGAAUCCAAAUCAAAUCACUUCCAACACUUGGAUGAGCGUUACCCCAUUCAAUGCCAGGGAAAGCUUCCAAACGUGGUUCUCCACCUUCGAUUUGCACGUCCAGUUCGACGGGCUGGAUGAACAAAGAAAGUUAAUAGCCCUUCAACUGAAAGGUGGAGAACCCGUUAGAAGACACAUAGAGGAGAUGCCAGAGGGGAGGCGAACUUACUCCCUCAUCAUUACCUCACUCAUAAAAACGUUUACCGGAGCUAUCUCAGUAGAGGCUGCUUCUUCUCAAUUAGUUUCGUAUAGAUUCAACUACAGUGACUUCAGAAAUUCUCUUAACAAUUACGUUGCCUUAAUUGAUCAAGCCAAUCCAUCAACUCGCCGCGAAAACUUCAGAUCUCUUGUAGAAGAAAGACUUAUUAAUAAUCUUCGGGAAGGACUUGCCAGAUAUUUAAGAAAUCAAAGAAGACAUUAUGGUACUCUUGAGGAAAUGAUUGAAGACUUAAUUUUGGAAAAUGAUCUACAACAAAAUCAUCAUAAGAAAAAGAAAGGAAGAUUUACAUAUCAUUCAGACAAUGUCAUCAAUUAUUCACGAAACACUGAUAGAUGCCGUAUUCAUCAAAAUUCUAAUCAUACAAAUGCAGAAUGCAGAAAACAGAAGCCGACAACUGAACCUUUACCAAAGAAUGAGACCUCUUAUAUCAAUUCAAACUUAAUCCAAAUGCCAGCUACCAUCAACAAUAGAAAGUGUCAAGUUUUAAUAGAUUCAGGAGCUACAUGUACUCUUGUGUCUCCAUCAUUUGCCAAAUCACUUAAAGUCGACUUCAAUACUUCACCAUCAUAUCUUACUACAGCUGGAUCACCAUCUUUUGCCAAACAAAUCCAUGCUCCAUUAAACCUUAGAAUCUCUGAUUGUUCAUAUCAAACAAACAUGGAUAAUUAUAUUGCGCCGCAUGAUUUUAAUGGUUAUCAUGUUAUUCUUGGAAUGAAUUAUCUUGUACCAUUAAGAUGUUCAAUUUCAACUCACGACAAGAAAGCAUAUUUCUGUCAGCCACCAACUUUAAAUUUUCUUCUUUCUCCACAGGAAGAAUCACUUAAAGAAGAAGAAGACAAAUUCAGACAAUUAAUACAAGAAAACUAUGGUUCUGUAGAUCCGCAAGGAGAUUAUGAUGUUGGACCAGGUUUGUUUACAACGCCACCACAAGAAUUCUUUACAAUACCACCAAUUGGAAUUAAACAUUAUUCUUCACCACCUUCUGAAGAUGAUGAUCAUAUAAUUCAACAAAUGCUCAACCAUAGUAUUAUUGAAGAAAGUACUUCACUCAUGACCCUUCCUUAUUAUCUCCUUAUCAAACGGGAUGAGAAAGGUAAACCCCAGAAACAAAAUGGGAAAAUAAGGAAAAGAUUCAUAUUAGAUUGUAGAGAAAUAAACCACAAAACUCGAGUUGUCCCAUUCCAUUGUUUAUCUCUCCAAAUAUUGCUUCAACAGUUAAAAAAAUUUGAUUUCGGUUCCACCAUUGAUCUACACCAAGGAUAUUUUCAGAUGUUAUUAAAUGAAGCUGAUCGCCCAUUAUUUUCAUUCAAGUACAGAUAUCAAGUAUAUCAAUUUAGAAGAGCACCAAUGGGAGCUAAAAAUUCACCUUCUUUCUUUCAGAAUAACAUGGAAAUUCUUUUAGCAAAUAUUAGAAAACAAUAUCAAUCUCAUACCAAUAUCUUCAUCUAUAUGGAUGAUAUCUUAAUUCUUACAAAAGGGACUGCGGCUUUACAUUUACAAGUUGUAGAAACUAUUAUCGAAGAAAUCCAUAGUAAACAAGGAAAAAUAUCACUUACCAAAUGUUGUUUCUUGCGCACAUCUUUAAGUUUCCUUUCAUGGACAUUUUCUAAAAAUACAAUCACUCCCACCAUCAGUCAAUUAAUUCAGAAAUCUACAUUGCCACAAAUAAAGAAAGAAUUGUAUUCAAAGCUUCAAUGUUUCAAUUAUUUUCGUUUAUCAAUUCCAAAAUUUCAUGAACGUACUCGUGAUUUGUAUCAAUUAACAAAAGGACCAAAGAAUGAGAAAGUCAAGUGGACAAAAGAAUUAUCAGAUAAAUAUUAUAGUUUCUGCAAAUAUAUCUUCAAUAAACCAAUGAUUUACAUGUAUGAUGAAAAACAACCCCUAAUCCUUAAGGUAGAUGGAUCAAAUUCAGGAAUUGGAGGAUUCUUAUGCCAAAGAGAUAUUGAGGGAAUUAUCAGACCAUUAGGAUUCUUUUCAUAUCCCUUACAGGAAACGAAAAAUCCAAGAUCACCCACUUAUAUUGAACUUUUAGCUAUAGCAAGAGGAAUAUCUACUUUCAGAUAUUUAAUACAAGGUAAGGAGUUAAUAGUUGAAAGCGAUCAUCGCCCUCUUUCUGGAUUAAUUAAACAAUCUACAACCCCAAAAUUUGCCGAGUUAAUUUCAUCAAUUGCACAAUAUACAACAAAUAUCAAGUACAUUAAUGGCAGUAAUAACCAACUAGCAGAUUUACUGUCUAGAAUCUUCAAUAACAUAAAAUCUGAAAUGAAUCAAGUUGAACAACCAAAGAAGAGAGGAAGACCAAAGAAACUUCUCAAUCCUAUGUGCCAAGACGAUAAAUAUUAUAUCAAUUAUGAAUUAUUGCCUAUUGAUUUAGCUUCACUUCAAAAAAUGGAUGAGGAACUCACAAGUUCACUUCAAGAUGGGAAAUAUAACAAUCUACAGAUUGAAAAAGUCAAUGAUAUUAUUGUUACAAAAGAUACAAAAGUACCAAUCAUUACAGAUGAGGAAACAAUACAAACAAUCUUCAAAAUUUGUCAUGAUCAAUCGGGACACUGGAAUGCAAUUGCAACAAAAGAAAUAAUUCAAAAAUAUGUAUAUAUUCCAAAUUUAGAAAUGAAAAUCAAGGAUUAUAUUUCAAAGUGUGAUACAUGCAACAGAUUUAAUUCAAAGAACUACGAAAAAGCCAAGUCUGAAGAACAAAUUUAUAAUACUUUUGAAUGUCUUGCAGCAAAUGCUAUGGGUCCAUUAGAAAUUACAAAGAAUAAUUCAAUACAUAUUUUACUUUAUGUCUGUCCAGCUUCAAAAUUCGUUAUAGCACAUGCUAUGCCAGAUUUAACUUCAAAAUCCAUCAUUAAUUCUUUACAACAAAUAAAAGCAUCUUAUACUCUACCAAGAAUCCUGAGAACUGAUUCAGCAAGGUACUGGACUGCAAGAGAAGUAGAAAAAUACCUCCAAGCAAAUCAAGUAUUUCAUUCUUUAAGUACACCCACAAAUUCAACGGGAAACGCGUUUGCAGAAAGAUUUAUCAGAACUUUACAAACUAUUUUAGGAAAAUUGUUACUGGACUAUCCAUCAACGCAAUGGGACCAAAUUUUACCAGAAGCGAUUUAUUCAAUGAACCAUUUUCUGCGAAAUGGAUCAACUCCGUUUCAACAAGUUCUCAAGUUUGUACCGUCUACAGUUUUGCAGCUAGCAAUGCAAAAGUCCUUGACACAAAAGGAACUUCAAAAUAUUAAACAAAAAAUAAAAGCUACUGAGUCGGCGGCGUAUGCAAAAGUAAGAAGAAGAACAAAGCUACAACCACGUUAUGAGGAAAAGGCAGUUGUAGAUGGAGUAUCUAGGGAUGGAAAAACCCUACACCUACUACGUGAAGGACGAAAUUAUCUACGACCAAAGAGGAAUACAAAAAUAAUUAGUCAAUAA